AUGUUGAAUGUGGGCCCCGAGUGCCUGCAGGGCUGCGAGGUGACCUGUUCCCAGCCCUGUGCCUACAGCAGGAGCCUGGAGCCCUGCGUUGCCUCCUGUGGAGAUUCCAGAGCCGUGGUGUUCCCUCCUCCCGUCGUCCUCACCUUCCCGGGCCCCACCCUCAGCACCUGCUCCCAGGAGAGCGUUGUGGGAGCAUCCCACCCCAUGGUUUUUGGUGCUCAAAACGUCUCUGAUGAGUCCUAUGGGGUGGGGGGCUCCUUUGGGGGCAUGGGAGGGCUGGGAGGAUCCUGCGGAACUGGGAGCUCCUUUGGCUACGGAGGCUCCUCGGGGAUCGCCUUUGGGCGUGGGGGUUCCUUUGGCUCUGGAAUGCAGAACUCCCGUGGGCCCUGUGGGUAUGGAAGUGGGCCGAAGGGUUCCUUUGGAUCUGGGGGUGCCUUUGGCUACGGAGGCUCCCUGGGAAUGGGGGGCUCCGUUUACGGCCGGAGGUCCCGCGGCAGCCGCGGCGGAUCCUGCCUGGGGAGCUGGGGCUCGUGCUAA